AUGCCGGAUCAUUCGCGUAUGCCGAGAAAUUUGUCGUCAACAAAAGUGAGUGAUUUUCCCCGCUGUGAAAUAUCGAUUUUGGUUGAAAAUGAUGUUUUAAGCCAAAAAAUUAUGAAAUUUAAUCCCGAAAAUCAGAUUAUCUUCAGAUUAUCAGUUGUAAAAAGGAAAAAGUAUAUUUUUGUUUGGCGAAUUUCAAAAAUGUAGCUGAUUUCAUAGUGCAAACCUAACAUUUUUGAAAAAAAAGAUAAUUUUUGUCAUUUGUCAUUAGAAAAUUGAGAUUUUCCACCAGAAAUUGUGUUUUACGUGAUUUUUAUGAAAUUUAGCUGAACAGCUGAAAAAUUCCAAAAUUUUCAGUUUUUCGUUAUCCAGAAGCUUAAGAUCUAGAAUGACACGCUUUCAAGUUCAGAGAAAGGAAACACUUUCAAAACCUGAACCUGAAAGUUCAAAUUUUCAGCUAUUUUUGUACCCAGAAGCUUGAAAUAGAACAUUUUCAACUUUUUCUGAGCCGGAGCUUGAAUACUAGUGUUUUAUGCUUCUGGGUCAGAGAAAUUGAAUUUUUCCUGAUUUUUAGAGCUUCUGUUUCUGGAAAUUAAACUUCUUACCUAAAAUCUCUAAUUUCAGAUUCAGAAAUCUAGAAAUCUGAAAUAUCUAGAUUGUUAGUCCUAUCAUCUUUAAACAUGUCAUCUCGAAAUCAGAAGAAAAUCUUCAGAAUUCACCAAAAACACCUAAUUCCCCUUCAUACAUUCUUUCUCCAUUCUCUAAAUCCUCCGCAAAUCUUCAUCAAUAUUUCCAGAUCGCCAAAACUUUAGCCGGCGAAGAAUUGGACGAACAAGAUAUAUUAGAAAUGGACGAAGGUCGAUCGGCUCGCGAAGAAGGACGUUUUGUAUUCGAAUGUGCUUGGGAAGUGGCGAAUAAAGUUGGUGGAAUUUAUACGGUUUUGAGAAGCAAAGCGGAAAUUAGCACUGAAGAAUUGGGCGAUCAAUAUUGUAUGUUUGGACCGAUGAAAGAUGAAAAAUGGCGAUUGGAAGUUGAUCCGAUUGAACCCGAGAAUCGGACGAUUCGAGAAGCGAUGAAGAGAUUUCAGGUGGGCAUUUUUUAUCUCCGAGAGAACUACAAAACUCGAAAAUGUUGUGGAAAAAUUCGGAAAUGAAAUUUUCAGAAAAACAUUUGGGUUACAUGAAAUUUUCCACAUUUCUUCAAUUUUUUUUUCAUUUUCAAAACAAUAUCCAGUUGAAAUCAAAUAGUUCAAACAUUCUACCGAAAUUAUAAAAAUUUUGAAACAGUAAAAAUUUUUCACUGCAAAUUUUUCAAUUUUGUGGCUCGAACAUAGAUUUAUCGCAUGCAUAUUUAAAGUUUCUGGUGUUGUAGGAACUAGAUUAAUUCGAUUUUCGAACCUCAAAAUUGGAAAUUUUUGAAAUUUCAAUGUGAAAAAGGUUCACUGUUUCAAAUUUUUCAUAAGUGUGGUUGGAAAUCGACCGACUUUGAUUAUUUGAGCCGAGUUUAUGGUGGAAACUCUGUGUUUGAUUGAUUUUCAAAUUUUUUACUGUUUCAAGCUUUUAUCAAUUUUGGGUGCGCAUUUGAAAUAUUUGAUUUGAAGACAUCUCUUAAAAUUAAUUACUGAGUUUCGUAUGGCACAUGAAAAUAAUAAAAAUUUGGUAAAGUUCCGGUCAAGACAUCCCAAAUUCUCUGAAUUUAUCAAAUACUUAAAACUUGAAAAUCAGCCAAAUCUAUAAUUUUUCGGAAAAUAUAUAUUUUUGAAUCCGAAACUUCCGCCAAUUUUAAAAUUUCUCAAGUCCAAAAUAUCAACUUUUCUAGGCCGAUGGUUUCCGAUGUAUGUACGGAAGAUGGUUAAUCGAAGGAUAUCCAAAAGUGAUUUUAUUCGAUUUGGGAAGUGGAGCUGUAAAAAUGAAUGAAUGGAAACAAGAAUUGUAUGAUAAAUGCAAAAUUGGAAUACCAUACGAAGAUGUCGAAUCAAAUGAUGCUGUUAUUCUUGGAUUUUUGGUCGCCAUUUUCUUGAAACAUUUUCGAGAAAGUGUUACGAAUUAUCAACCAUUGGUUGCUGCACAUUUUCAUGAAUGGCAAGCUGGUAAGGGAUUUUAAGGGGAAAUUUUGGAGUAGAAUAACUUAUAGUUAUUUUUUAAAAUUCAAAAAAUUCUGGAAUAGAACAUUUUUCACUGAAAAAUUCACCCGAAUCUCAAGAAACUUUCCAAAACCACAUUUUUGCCCCAAAAACCUGAAAACCAUGGUUUUUUUCUAGGAGUCGGUCUUUUGAUGACACGUUUGUGGAAAUUGGAUAUUGCCACAGUUUAUACAACUCAUGCCACACUUUUGGGAAGACAUUUGUGUGCCGGAGGAGCUGAUUUGUAUAAUAAUUUGGCGAAUUUUGAUUUGGAUGCGGAAGCUGGAAAGAGACGGGUUAGUGAAAGCAAAUUCAUCCCAGAACACUUUCGAAAAUUUCUAUUUUCUUCUAGAUUUAUCAUCAAUAUUGUUUGGAACGAGCCGCUUGUCAAGCCGCCCAUGUUUUCACUACAGUAUCCGAAAUCACUGGUCUCGAAGCGGAGAAUUUCCUGUGCCGAAAACCCGAUGUUUUGACACCCAACGGUCUAAAUGUUGUCAAAUUUGCCGCUUUGCACGAAUUCCAAAAUUUGCACGCUCAAAACAAGGAGAAAAUCAACACAUUUAUCCGCGGUCAUUUUCACGGACAUUUGGAUUUUGACCUCGAUCGAACUUUGUAUUUCUUCACCGCCGGAAGAUAUGAAUUCUCGAAUAAAGGAGGAGAUAUGUUUAUUGAGUCGUUGGCUAGAUUGAAUCAUUAUUUGCAAACGACAAGUGAUCCGAGACAUCAGGGAAUUACUGUUGUGGCUUUUAUUAUUUAUCCUGGUAAGUUGGGAUUUUUUGUUGAGAAAAAUUGAGAAACCCCCGACGAAAAAUGACGAACAUCUCUGAUAUUCGAUAAAAACUUAUUGUGAUUCUGAAAUUAUUUUUUGAGAAAAUAUUUUCAUUGAUCAGAAUCGAAUUCUUAUUUUUCAUGAGAUUUCUGAAACAGUGCAAUUUUGAGAAGUACAAAAUUGUUAUUAUUUCGAAUGUCACGUCAUAACUGAUUGAUUUAUUUGAGAAAAACCAAUUUUUUUCAAAAUGUUCAUUUCUGUUUUAUUUGAAACAGUGAACUUAUGCAAAAAAUUUGAAUUGAAUUUUUAUCAAAAAUUGCCCAAGUUUUGAAUGGAUUUAUUACAUUAGAAAAAAAUCCUUAAUUUUUAUUUGUUCAAUUUUUGAAACAGUAGAGUUUAUGAAAAAUAAAAAAUCUGACAUUUUUGUUAAUUUUUCAUAUAUUUCCAUUUCUGAUUUUUUUAAAUGAAUUUUCCACUCGACUUGGACUCACUUAUCAUACUGAAAUUUUACAAUUUUAAUUUCUGCGAUUUUUGAAACAGUCAAAUAUUUCUGAAUUUGACGAUUUUUUCUAUGAAAAUUAUUUUUUUCCAGCUCCGGCCAACUCAUUCAACGUGGAAAGUUUGAAAGGUCAAGCAGUGACAAAACAAUUGAAAGAAGCUGUUGAUCGAAUCAAGGAAAGUAUUGGACAACGCAUUUUUGACACUUGUCUACAAGGACAAUUACCCGAUCCUGAUGAAUUGGUAUCGCCGGCUGAUACUAUUUUGGUUAGCGAUUUUUUGAGGGGUUUUUGGUUGGAAAAAUAGAGAAUUGUGUGAAAAAUAUGGGGACAUUGUGAGGUUAUAAAAUUUCACUGUUUCAAAAAAUGUUGAAUUUUUGAGAAAAAUUCACAAAGUCUAUAAUUUGUGUUGAAUUAAGGGGAAAAUUACCAAAAAAAAAAACAAACAAACAAAAAUGUUUUACUGUUUCAAGAAAUUUUGAUAAUGCGAACCAAAAUUAAACCAACAAUAUGUUUGGCAAAUGUUUUGUUGUAAAAUUCGAAACAAAAAUAGCAAAAAGUUCAAUUCUAGUUUUUCCCGAUCACUCAGAGACUCUACCUACUCAAACUUACUUUUAUUACAGCUAAAAAGAUGUAUGAUGGCAAUGCAAAAAUCGCAACUUCCUCCAAUUUGUACUCAUAACAUGAUUCAAGGAGACGAUCCGGUAUUAAAUGCAUUGAGACGGACCAAUUUGUUGAAUCGACCAGAAGAUCGGGUUAAAGUCGUUUUUCAUCCUGGUAAGUCAGAUUUUAGGGAUUUUUUUUAAACUCGAAAACGAUUUGAGUAGAUGAGAGAUUCUUUUGGAAAUUUUGGAACAGUGGAUUUUUAAAAUGGUUCUAAAUGUUGAUUUUUUUUCCAGAAUUCCUGUCUUCUGUUUCACCAUUGAUUGGUUUGGAUUAUGAGGAUUUUGUUCGCGGAUGUCAUUUGGGUGUUUUCCCGUCUUAUUAUGAACCAUGGGGGUUGGUUUUUUGGGGGGGAAUUUUUUUCAAGAAAAAAAUACGUUUCAAGAAAUAUUAUUUAGUAAAUUUUAUCGGUUGUUGGAAAAUAAUUCACUCGUCUUACUCAGGGAAUCACGGGCGAGAUCUACGCGAUUCGCGGGCGUCCAGCGUUUUGCGGAAACUUCGCGGUGGACAUUUGCGAAUUGCGCAAAUUUAGCGAAGUGACUCGGUCGAAAAUAUUUUGUCGCGAGAUUUCCGCAAAACGCAGAAAAGUUUGCGUUUCGCGUGAAUUUCGCGGGCUGUCACGACAAGAGUGCAGAGAUAUGAAACACGUUUCAGCGAUAUGAGUCGUGCGCGUGGAUGGUCAAGUGGGUAAGAGGAAUGUGUGCGAGGCGGAGAGUGUCGGAUCGAGGCCGGCCGAGUGAGUAUGAUUAAAAGCGAUUAGUUGUGUCUCGCGGCGCCUCUACUUUUUGAUUUUUGAGAGAGAACCGCGAGAUUUCCGCGAUUCGCAGACAGAAAACCGCGAAAUCGCGGCGUGUUCGCGGCGAUUUCGCGGAUUUCUGGGUCCCGCGAAUCGCGGAGAUCUCGCCCGUGAUUCCCUGAGUACUUUAAUCCUCGCAAUUUUCCUUCAAAAAAUAUAUAAUAGUUACUUUUAUUCAAUUUCGAAGUGGAAAAAUUGCAGGAAAAGUCACUGUUUCAAGAAAUAUUGAAUUUUUCUGAUGAUUUUGGGACUUUAUUGUCGUACAUGUUCAAUUCGUUGAUCAAAAAAUUCUGGAAAAUUAUGAAGAUUAUAAAUUUUACCCAGAAAUUUUGAAUUUUGUUCAAAAAAGUUCCAAUCAGCUUUGUAAAAUGUCCUCUGAAAAUUUACAUUUUUUCACUGUUUCAAAUUUUUAAUGUUAAAACUCGGAAUUUUUUUUUGAAAAUCAUUGGAAUUCCACAAUUGACUUGUAAAAAUUAACUGUUUGAGAAAAAUUAAUUUUUUUUCUGGGAAAAAUGUUCUUCUAAAUUUCACUGUUUCAAAAUUUUUAUUUAUUUAUUCAUAUCACAUUUAUUUACACGAAAAUUCGUAGAGAAAAUGAAAAUACAUCUUUAAAUCAAAAUAAAUACAUUAAAAAGGAGAAUUGGGAAAUUACGAUGAUGAAGAUUUGAGAUGGGUGAUUUAGAAUAAUAAGAUGAACUUUCGUACCCGCAAAUGUGCAGAGUUUUUUUGAUAUUCCGAUUUUUCCAAAAUUGUUUCCAAUAAAAAUUUUUAUUUUCUUGCAGCUACACUCCAGCCGAAUGUACAGUAAUGGGAAUUCCGUCAGUCUCAACAAAUUUGUCUGGUUUCGGUUGUUUCAUGCAAGAACAUGUUGAAGAUCCAGAUGAGUAUGGAAUUUAUGUUGUUGAUCGAAGAUAUAAAGAUGCUGAAGAAUCGGUUGUGCAAUUGGCGAAAAUGAUGUGAGUUUUUUUGUGGGUUGAAAAUGAUCGAAAUUUUAAGGAAAUCUAGAUUUGAAAAAUCAUACAAAAAAUUAUAUGAAGUUUUUAAAAUUGGACACCGAUUUUUCUCUGAAAUUGUCUAAUUUCCUCUUCAAAAACUUACUGUUUCUAAAAUUUCUUUAAGACAUUCAAAAGUGGGGGAAUUUUCCGUAAUUUCACGAAACAAGGCUUUGGCCAUUCAUUAAAAAACGCCAAAAUCAGAUACGUUUCAAAAUUUCAUACUUCAUUUUGACAUUGGAAUUUUUGAUGAAUUUUCUGAUCAUACAACAGUAUCAAAAACACUUUGAAAAUGAAAUGAAAAGUGAUUCUUUGAUUUUUUGCCUGAAGUUUUAAGUUUUCAAAAAAAUUUACUGUUUCGAAAAAUUUAUAUUCUUUUUGGACAUUGAGAUUUUUUGAUUUUUUUUUCUUUUUCAACAAAAAAAAACAUUUGCGAGAAACAAAAUUGGUAAAAUAAUUCACUUUGUUAAUUAAAGUAGGGCAAAUUAAAUCAACAUUUGAUGAAAUAGGGAUCUGCCCAAAAAAACCCCAAAAAAAUUUUAUUUCUCAAUUUUUUGCAGGUACGAAUUUUGUGGAAUGUCUCGCCGCCAACGUAUUAUUCUGAGAAAUUCCACCGAACGAUUGUCGGAAUUGUUGGAUUGGAAAAAUUUGGGAGUAUUUUAUAGGUAAGCUUUUUCUUGUUUCCUGCCUGAAAUUAAUUUUGAAAAAUCUCGUCAAUUUUUGCAGAGAAGCUCGUCGUAUGGCUUUGGAACGUCUUCAUCCGGAUAUUGUGAAAAUUAUCAAGGAAAAUGAGGGAAAAGUGAGCGAUUUUGGGGGAAAUGGGAAAUUUGAAUAGAAAUCAGAUUCUGAUUUUAAAAAAACCAGAAAAAUCAGAUUUUCGCAUUACUUUCUGAUGAAAUUGCAGGAACUGUGUAUCUUAAAACGACAUGCAGAGCCUGAAAUAUCGGUUGAUUUCACAGUUUUUUCCAUGAACAUUCCACGUGGUUUUUAUAAAUGUUAGCAUUUUUGUAGUUUAGUUUUUAGUUAAAAUUUUAGGAACAAUUUUUAGGAGGAAUCUGAUAUAUUUAAAUUUAAUGUUUCUCGGAAAGUGUGUUUUCCCCCGAAAAUAAAAUAAUGUUUCAAAUUUUCAAAAAAAAAUUGUAAUCCAAAAAUCUACUGUUUCAAGAUUUUAUUAAUUAUAUGAGAUACUUUGAUUAGUUUAAUACUUUUUUCGGUCCCGUAAUCCAAUAAUUUAUUAGUUCUUUGAAGAUUUGCGAACAUUUUUGUCCAAAAAAUCGUACAAAUUACAUUUUUCAGGUUCCAUCAGCUGCAACUUCUCGUCGUCCAUCAAUUCAUGGAAGUGAUGAAGAAGAUGAGGAUUAA